AUGAUUAAUAAUAAUAAUAAUAGUACGAAUUUAAAUAUAAAUAUUAAUCGUUUAUCAUAUUCUAUUGAUUCUUCACAACAAUUAUCUUAUAUACAUUUUCAACCUUUUCGAGUUUCAUAUAGUAUAAUUAAUUUAAAAGAAAAAUUUCUUCAUUCAAUUCAAUCAAAAAAUAUUUUAAAUAUAUAUCAACAUUUAAAUAUUGUAAAAAAUCAAAAACAUAAUCUUUUAUCAACAAUUAAAUUAACACAAAAUUAUUAUUUAUUUGAAAGAAAUUUAAUAAAAAAAUUUUUUGAUUUAAAUAAAAAUGUUCUAUCAAAAAAAAUUCUUGAACAAAUGUGGAAAUCUUCACAAUUUUGUGAUCUAUUACUUAUUGUACAAGGUAGUGAAUAUUUAGCACAUAGAUUAGUGCUAGCAGCAUCUAGUCAUAAAUUUAAACAAAUUUUUAACAAACGUAAAAAUGAUUUUGUUACUCGUGUACAUCUUCGUCAUUCAACUCAUAAAUCAUUACAACUUAUUCUCAAUUAUCUCUAUACAGAUAAUAUAAUACUUACAAUACGUAAUAUUGAUGAUAUUUUAACUUGUACUAAAGAAUUAGGUAUUCGAAAAGUAAUCGAUUUAUGUAUAACUUAUCUUUCUCAAAUUAAUAAACGAACAAUUUUUCAAAUAUUAAAUAUAGCAUGUAAACAUGAUCUUUCAGAAGUUUAUUAUUUAGCACAUAAAUUUCUUAUUCAAUCUAUGGAUGAAUGUAUUCAUACAAAAGAAUUUAUUGAUAUUACUUAUUGGAUGUUAAAACAAAUUCUUUCAGAUGUAAAUAUUGAAAAACGACAAGAAUUUCAUGUAUUAGAUCGAACAUUACAAUGGUUAUCAUGUAAUCAUAUAUCAAAUACGGAUAUUAUUUUUGAAUUAUUAAAAAAAAUUCGUUGGCAAAAUUUAACUUAUUUAUCAUUAAAAGAAAUUUUAGCAAUAAAUUAUGAAAUAUUACACAUUCCAAUUGUUAAACAAUGUGAUAUAUACAAUAAUCAAAUCGAAAAUCGACAACAAAGAGAUAGUUUAUUACAAACUAAAUAUUUACCAUCUACAAGUUCUACAGUUUAUCUUGCAAUUGAUCAAUCUGAAAAUUUUUCAUUAUCAAAAUCUAAAUGUAUUCAUCUAGAAUCAAUUAUUAAUGUAGAAAAUCAACUUUAUUUAUCAAUUAUAAAUUCAUUCUUCUUUUCAUCUUCAAAAAUACUUAUUAUUGGUGGUGGUUUUCAUUUAGAUAAAACAAUGACAAUUAAUCAAAAUGCUGAGAAUGGUCUAUUUGCUUAUAAUAUUGAAAAAGAUCAAUGGUUAUUAUUUGUACGAUUACCUGAUCAACGACAUCAUCAUAAAUUAAUAUGGUUUAAUAAUCGAAUUUAUAUGCUUGGUGGUUCAUUGUCACAUCCAUUUGAAAAAGAACAAAUUGCUUUAACAAAUUGGAUGUAUUCAAUUGAUCGAUCAUUAUUAACAACAUAUGAACAAAAUAAAUGGCAAUCGAUAUCAUCAAUGUUAGAACAACGUGUUUAUUUUGGAUGUGCAGUACUCAAUAAUAAAAUUUGGGUAGUUGGAGGACUUGGAAUAGAUGGAAAACCAAUUCGUUCUGUUGAAUAUUAUGAUCCUGAAACUAACAUAUGGACACUUGCUAAACAUCUACGAUCUCCUCGUCUUGGUUGUUCUGUAAGUUCAUUUCAUAAUAAACUUUUUAUUAUUGGUGGUUAUGGUACUACAAAAUCAAAACCAACAUUAUCCAAUGUUAUUGUCUAUGAUUCUGAGAAAAAAACUUGGUUAAAAAAACAGUCACUUUCAAUAGCUCGAUGUCAUGGACAGAUGAUUACAAAUUCAUAUUCAUUAUAUGCUAUUGGUGGUUGUACUGAACUUGAAAAAAAUGAUGAUAAUGAAAUAGACAAUCGAAAAAUGUUAAGUCUAAAUCUUUUGGAUAAAUAUGAUGUUCAUCAAGAUAAAUGGAUAACAUUAGAUCAUAUGACACAGGCACGUCAUGAUCUAUGUGCUGAAAUUAUUGAUAAUCGUAUUUUUGUGUUGUAUGGUGUUAAUUCAAAACGAAAUCAUAUUGUAAGAUCAAUGGAAAGCUAUGAUAUUAAUACAAAUGUUUGGACUACACUAUCUACUCAUUCUGAUGAUUAUGUCAUUGGAACAGCUAGUUGUAUUAUUACUAUUUGA